AUUAAAGAGCAGGGAAGGCAACACAAAUAUUUUUCUCUCUCCUCUCCCCCCGUUUUCACCCUCUUUUGUUCAUCGACUUCUUGUUUCCAAACGUUAGAGAGAAACCACAAAGAAAAAGAGAAGAAGGAGAAGAAAAACGAUUCGCUCUAUCAAACGCUGAUCGAUACAAUUCAACGCUAUUUCGCUUUUUUCUAGGUCGUUUAUCGGUAGAUCUGCUCACUAGUUUCUGUUCUUUUCCCGAGAAAAUCUUCGGGCUGGGCGAACUCAAGUGAGAUGAAGCGAUUACGAGAUGAUGUUCAUGUAAACUCACAAUUUAAGCGGCCGUUUGGUUCUUCACGUGGGGAAUCCUAUGGGCAGUCCCAGAUCCCAGGAGGAGGAGGAGGAGGAGGAGGAGGAGGAGCUACACAGAAAUUAACAACCAACGAUGCCUUAACCUACCUCAAGGAAGUUAAAGACAUGUUUCAAGAUCAAAGGGAAAAAUAUGACAUGUUCCUUGAUGUCAUGAAAGAUUUUAAGGCCCAAAGAAUUGAUACUACUGGUGUCAUAGCGAGGGUGAAAGAAUUAUUCAAAGGGCACAACAAUCUAAUCCUUGGCUUUAACACAUUCUUGCCAAAGGGUUAUGAGAUUACCCUCAUUGAUGAGGAAGAGGCCCCGCCAAAGAGAACUGUUGAGUUUGAAGAAGCUAUAAGUUUUGUAAACAAGAUAAAGAAACGUUUCCAAAAUGAUGAUCAUGUAUAUAAAUCGUUUCUAGAUAUCUUGAAUAUGUAUAGAAAGGAGCACAAGGGCAUUACUGAGGUCUACCAUGAGGUUGCCGCACUUUUUACAGACCACCCAGAUUUGCUUGACGAGUUCACAAGGUUUUUACCGGAUGCUUCAGCUGCUGCAGCAUCAGCACAACAUGUUCCAUUUGGACGACAUUCUUUUCAUCGUUUUGAUGAGCGGAGUUCUGCUAUGAUCAUACCACGGCAGGCACCCAUGGACAAGCAGCACCGGAGGGACAAAAUUAUUAAUCCCCAAACAGAUCGUGAUCUAAGUGUUGAGCACAAUGACAUGGAUGAUGAUAAAACAAUGAUGAAAAUGCAAAGGGAUCAGAGGAAGCGUGCUGAAAAGGAGAACAGGGAGAGACGAAAUCGUGAUCUGGAUUACCGAGAACCUGAGCAUGAUAGCAAUAGGGACUUCAACUUGCAACGGUUUCAUGACAAAAGGAAAUCUGCCCGGAAGGUUGAAGACUUUGGAGUGAAUCCUGUUUUAGCCUCUUAUGAUGAUAAAGAAGCCUUGAGAAGCAUGUACAAGCAAGAGUUCAUUUUCUGUGAGAAAGUGAAGGAGAGGUUGCGUAGUUCAGAUGAUUACCAGGCAUUCUUGAAGUGUCUUCAUAUUUACAGCACAGAAAUAAUCACAAAAAAAGAUUUACAAAGUUUGGUGUCUGAUCUGCUUGGAAAAUAUCCUGAUCUGAUGAAUGGGUUCAAUGAAUUUUUGGAGCGCAGUGAGAAUAUGGAUGGAUUCCUUGCUGGUGUUAUGAAUAAAAAAUCUUUGUGGAGUGUUGAAGGGCCUGUAUCCAAAUCCGUGAAGGCAGAGGACAAAGAUAGGGAGCACAAGCGUGAAAUUGAUGGAGCAAGAGAAAAGGAGAGAUACAAGGAGAAGUACAUGGGAAAAUCCAUUCAAGAACUUGACCUUUCGAAUUGUCAACGGUGUACUCCUAGCUAUCGCCUUCUGCCUGAGGAUUAUCCGAUACCUUCAGCAAGUCAGAGAUCAGAGCUUGGUGCUCAAGUGUUUAAUGACCAUUGGGUAUCUGUAACUUCGGGCAGUGAGGAUUACUCUUUUAAACACAUGCGCAGAAACCAGUAUGAAGAAAGCCUGUUUAGAUGCGAGGAUGAUAGGUUUGAGCUAGACAUGUUGUUGGAGUCUGUGAGUUCAACUGCUAAGCGAGUGGAGGAAUUGUUGAACUGCAUUAAUGAUAAUACGAUUAGUCUGGAAAGUCCAGCCCAUAUUGAAGACCAAUUUACAGCUCUCAACUUAAGGUGCAUUGAACGUUUGUAUGGUGAUCAUGGCCUGGAUGUGAUGGACAUGCUACGAAAGAACCCAUCUGUUGCAUUGCCUGUUAUAUUAACUCGCCUCAAGCAGAAACAAGAGGAGUGGACGAAGUGCCGUUCUGAUUUCAACAAGGUUUGGGCUGAAAUAUAUGCUAAGAACCACUACAAGUCUCUUGAUCAUCGGAGCUUCUAUUUCAAGCAACAGGAUUCAAAGAACUUGGGCACAAAAUCCUUGGUGGCCGAGAUAAAAGAAAUUAAGGAGAAAACACAAAAAGUGGAUGAUGUGGUUCUGGCUGUAGCUGCUGGAAGCAGACAUCUUAUAAUUCCAAAUCUUGAAUUUGAAUACUCUGAUACUGAUAUUCAUGAAGAUUUGUAUAAGCUUAUUAAAUAUUCUUGUGAAGAGGUUUGCACAACAAAAGAACAAUUGAAUAAAGUUAUGAGGCUUUGGACUAACUUCUUGGAGCCAAUGCUGGGUAUUCCUACUCGGCCUCACAGUUCAGAGGAUAACGAAGAUGUUGGAAAGGCUAGACAUCAAGCUGGGAAAAAUGCUAAAGCUAGCAUUGGAGAAGGUGAUGGUAGUCUUGAUGCUGAUAUCUUGAAUUCGAAACAAUUGAAACCUGCCAGCAAUGGCGAUGAAGGCACUUCAGCAGAGCAAGCAAAAUCUAGCAAGAUUAGUGUGUCAAAUGGGGAUACUUCGGCUAAAGAUGAUAGUAAUCAUAUUGAGAAAGAGCAGAAGGUUACGGCUGUUGUGGUUACGGUGUCUGGAUUUGAUGUAACAGAGGGUUCCAGUGAACAACUAACCAGUACCAGUGCAGCAAUUGCUAUUGGAGCUGAUAACAUUCAUGGGCGAAUCAGCACGACAGUGACAUCAGGGCAUGCUGCAACUCCUCCUGCCUCUUGUCAUGCUGCUGUUGAAAAUAAUAAUGACGCCAAGCCUAAGAUCGAUGAUGUACCUUCGUUAGAGGGUGGUAAUGUGUUGAGGCCAGUUCCUCUGGAAAAUGGAGCCAUCCCAGAGGGUACUAUAGUUAACAGAUAUCAUAAGGAAUCUGCUGAGCCCUCCAAAAUUGAGAAAGAAGAAGGUGAGCUAUCACCUAAUGGUGGUGAUUUUGAAGAGGAUAACUUUGUUGUCUAUGGAGAUGGUGGUUCACAGGCAAUGCCUAAAACGAAGGAUUGUGCUGAAAGUACGCAGUACCAAGCUGGGAAUGGGGAAGAGAUGUGCUGUCAGGAUGCUGGAGGAGAAAAUGAUGUAGAUGCUGAUGAUGAGGACAGCGAAAAUGUUUCUGAGGGUGAAGAUGUUUCAGGCAGCGAGUCUGCUGCCGACGAGUGCUCUCGAGAAGAGCAAGAAGAGGAUGAAGAUGGAGAACAAGAUGAGAUUGAUGGUAAAGUUGAGAGUGAGGGUGAGGCUGAGGGAGUACCUGAUGCACACUUUAUUGGAAGUGGCAUAGCUCCACCACUGUCGGACAAUUUUCUUCGUACGGUGAAGCCUUUUGCCAAGCAUGUCGCUUCAGCUUUACAUCAUCAUGAAAAGAAAGAUUCUCGGGUGUUUUAUGGAAAUGAUAAUUUCUAUGUGCUUUUUAGGCUGCUUCAAAUACUGUAUGAAAGAUUACAAUCAGCAAAACUGAACUCAACACUUGCUGAAACGAAAUGGAGAACAGCAAAGGAUGCUAACCCCCCUAAUCUGUAUGGCAGAUUUAUGAGUGCCCUAUAUAAUUUGCUUGAUGGAUCAGCUGACAAUGCAAAGUUUGAGGAUGACUGUCGGGCUAUUCUUGGAAAUCAGUCUUAUGUGCUAUUUACGUUGGACAAGUUGAUAUAUAAGCUACUGAAACAGCUUCAAACUGUUGCUGGUGAUGAGACUGACAAUAAACUCCUCCAACUAUAUGAGUAUGAAAAAUCUCGGACGCUUGAGAACUAUGUUGAUUCGGUUUAUUAUGACAAUGUGCAUGUCAUCCUACAUGAAGAGAAUAUAUAUCGAUUUGAAUGUUCUUCUGGCCCAUCCCGUUUGUCCAUUCAGCUAAUGGAUGAUGGGAAUGACAAGUCUGACAUGGUUGCAGUUUCUGUGGACCCUAAUUUUGCGAAUUAUCUGCACAACGAUUUUCUGCCAGUUGUUUCUAGCAAAAAGGAGCCAUCUGGCAUUUUUUUGCAGAGAAAUAAACGCAAGUAUGCGGACCUUGAUGAAUCUGUUUCCUUAUGCAAGGCCAUAGAAUGCAUUCGUGUGGUCAAUGGUUUGGAGUGUAAGAUGACUUGUACCUCAUCAAAGAUCUCGUAUGUUUUAGAUACAGAAGACUACUUCUUUCGUGUGAAAAAGCAAAGAAUGUCAGGUGACAAAGUGUCAUGCCUUAAUAAGGAAAGAGUACGGCGCUUUGACGAAUUUGUUUCUUGAAGUCAUUAGAAGACGACCUGUAAAGCUUUUGUCAUGGAAGCACAUUUCAUGUAUUCAGUUAUUCACUCCAUUAGCCAAAUAAAGACUCUCAACAAAGGGAAUGGCAGCGAACACCACCACCAUGUGAAUCUCAGGAGCUCACAACUAUGCAUUUGAGCUCAUUGUUCUGUAGAUAGGUUGAAUCCAUGAUGUUACUGUAGAGUUUUUGUGUUUUACUGGUAUGUACUGCUUUGUUUCAUUUGUAGCUGUUUUUUGUUUUUUUUUGUUUUUUGAGUGGUGCCUAAUGGUGGUACCGAGUUCUCCAGUAGUGAAACUUUUGCUAAGCUUAUGUAAUUUAAAGUGAUUGAAAUAGGGAAAAGGAAUAUAUAGCACAGAAAAGCUUUUAAAUUUGAAACCCACAGAGCCUGAAUCUGUGUUGUCCUGAAAA